UGCGCAACAGAGGCCACUCGCCGUCCCCGCCGAUCUGAUUCUCUUCCUCUCCAAUCUUCUUCUCCAUCAUCUUCUUCCAACAAUCUCCACUCUCCAGACGGAUUCCACUCUCGCCAUCACAUCCAGUUAAAAAGAAAAUGUAUCUCAAGUCAAGUUUGUCAUGGAACGUUGUGAUCCCAGCCGAGCAUCUGGAUGCCAAAGGAUUGAUGCUCCAAAAGGCCAUCAUUGUUCGUCUAUUGGAUGAUUUUGCUUCGAAGAAGGCCACAAAAGCCCUGGGCUACUUCCUGGCAGUGACAACAAUGAACAAGAUUGGAGAAGGCAAAAUCAGAGAGAACAAAGGAGACGUGCUGUUCCCUGUUGAAUUCAACUGCAUCUCAUUCAAGAUCUUCCGCGGAGAGAUUCUAGAAGGUGUUGUGCACAAGAUCCUCAAACACGGCGUUUUCCUGAGGUGUGGGCCCAUUGAGCACAUCUACCUCACCCACCAGAAGAUGUCUGAUUACCGUUACAUCCCCGGAGAAAACCCCAUCUUCAUGAGCGACAAGAUGUCGAAGAUCGAGAAGGAAACUGUGGUCCGGUUCAUUGUGAUCGGGGAGAAGUACGUGGAGGCCGAGAAGGAGUUCCAGGCUGUCGUGAGUUUGGAGGGAGAUUACCUUGGACCGGUUUCACCGGGCUCGGUUUGAAUCUUGUUUAUCAGAUGCAUGUUUAAGAUGAUGUUAGGUAUUAAGGUAUCGACUUGUGUUGUGUAGGGUAAGCUGUAUUUGACCUUUGUAAAAAAGAUUAUGCAUAUUACCUUGUAGGGUUCAAGGCUGACCUUUAGUUCAUGCUGUUUGUGGACAGUUUCUGGAGCUUAAGUUUUGGGGAAAGUUAAUUUUGGGUUUUUUUCAUGGGCAUUUGUAUUUUUAGAUUUGCUUGGUUGUCG